GUAUUCGUGCUGUCACUCUCUGUUGUGGUGGUUGCAUAUAUUUCAACAUUACACAUGGAAACAUUUGACCCCGUUGAGCUGUUUGGCAAGAAUGUCCUGAUCACCGGAGCCUCUUCUGGAAUUGGAGAACAGAUGGCGUAUCAUUUUGCCAAGAUGGGAGCAAACCUUGUCUUGACUGCUCGAAGAGGACAUCUGUUGAAAAAGGUUGUGUCAGAAUGCAAUAAUCUGUCCCCGAACUCUGCACAGAAACAUGCCUACAUCGCCGCUGAUAUGGCCGACAUGACAGAGACGGAGAGAGUUGUACAAUUCGCAAAAGAAAGCCUUGGCGGCUUGGACAUAGUGAUGUUGAAUCACGCCUUAUUGCCUUUUGGAGAACCGUGGAUGAGCAGCAAAGAGAACUUCACCAAACUGGCCACAGCCAUGGACGUUAACUUCCGGUCAUACGUCCACUUAGCGUCCCAUGUUCUACCCUUGCUGACCCCGAGUAGUGGACGGAUAGCCGUGGUUACGUCACUAGUAGGUUAUUUUGCGUACCCCUAUACCACAUGGUACACCGCAGCCAAACGCGCUCUCCAAGGCUUCUUUGGAGUGUUGAGGCAGGAACUGAAGUUACAGAACUCCAAUGUUACCAUCACAAUGUGUGUUGUGGGACCCACAAGAACAGAAAACGCAGUGGAGUCCAUGAAAGCUAUGAUAGGAGAAACCUUUGUGAAAACCGGGCAUAUUGCAGACGCAGGGGACGUUGCCAUGGAGAUAAUACAAGGAACAGUUUCAAGGCAAUACCAAGUCCAUACUGACAUGGAUCUGAAAACUAGAAUUUUCUUCUUUAUUCAGUUCCUAUUUCCAAAACUUGCUGACGAUUCAAUGCUGUUAGCUUUAACAUGA